GAGUCACGUGAUACAACAAAACGGCAUGGAACCAGGAAGUGGAAAAGUAAAAUAAAACGAGAAUUGAAUAAAUCCGCGAAACACACAUGAUUUUAUCACUAAGACUACAGAUGAACGAUGGAUGACACUUAUGACGAGGAACGGUAUGAUUCUGUUUAUGCAAACGACCCUGUGAGCGAAUUUCUUAACGUCACAGAAAACCUAAAACAAACAAACUUGGACCAACUUCUCGAGGAAGAUAAACGAAACAAUGCUAACAAAGAUGACCCAAUUUCAUGGUACCAUGGAAAGAUUCCACGAGAAGCUGCAGAGAGCAUUUUAAAGGAGGGAUUGGCCAGUUUACAGGGGUCAACCACAGACAGUAAUGGCUUGUACCUAAUACGAGACAGCACCAGCUCAGAAAAAGAUUUUGUUGUGUCUGUGACUCAUGAUGCUAAAGUUUUCCAUUUCCAAAUCAAAGAGGUAUUUGAUGGGCAUUACAAGUUGGAUGAAGGCCCAACUACCCAAGGGUUGGAGAAACUUGUUGCCUACUAUGAGAAUGGAGCCAAUGGGCUGAUAACGAAGCUCACAAGGCAUUGUAAAGGUUCCCCGCCCCCAGAUAGGGCACGGCUAAAUGGUCCCACCAAUCUACUGCACAGGGCUGUCAUGGAAGGAAAUGAAGAGACAGUUACCAGUAUAUUACAACAUAGACUUUGUCCCUCAAUUAAUGCCAAAAAUGAUUUAGGUACCACAGCUUUGCAUGAUGCUGCUAAGUAUGGUCGAGUUUCUAUCGCCAAAAAAUUAAUUGAUAAAGGAGCUGAUGUUCAUGCCAAAGAUAGGGCUGGUUUCACACCUUUACAUAGAGCUUGUUCAGCUAACUAUCCCGAUGUUGUUGCUGUGCUUAUAAAGCAUGGAAAAGCAGAUCCUCAAAUUCGAUCUCCCAAAACUGGCUGGGUGGCUCUGCAUGAAGCAGCCAUGAAAGGCAAUGCAGAGUGCAUAAAAAAGCUCCUUCAAUUUCAUGCCCCUAUGAUGCCACGGGCAGACGACGGACAGACGCCACUGGACUUGGCACUGAGAUACAACCGACAAGACUGUAUUCCUCUCCUUAGAUUUCCUGAUAGAAGAGAAGUAAGGACGAAGAAGGAAUAUUGGUACCACUCAGACCUGGACAGAAAGUUAGCUACACAAAUGUUAGAAGAAUAUCGUAAGGAGGAGGGUUUAUUUCUGGUCAGGAAGAGCACAAGGAACGAAAACUACAAUGUUAUCUCACUCUGUCAUAAAAAGAGCAUAUUUAAUUUUGAAAUUAAAGUAAAGGAUUAUGAGAACCAAUUGGUACACUACAUUGACGAUGGUCCAUUUUUUGAGAGCCUGCAGCAGUUAAUAGAACAUUAUAGUCGAUACUGUGAUGGUCUCUCUACAAAACUCCGGGCUUCCAUAAGCACUGAUGAUCGUAGAAUAGAAGUAGAUGAAGAAUAUUAUAAUGUACAUGAUGUUAAUAAUGUGUCCAGAAGGAUUUCAUCAUCAGGCUCUGCUCCACCAGUUCCUAACCCCCGUCCAGUUCUCCCGGCUCACCCGAAUCACCCCAGUAACAAAAAACAGGAGGAGUACUAUGCAGACCCCACAAAUGAACCACCCCCUCUCCCUCCCAGCCAUCCACCAGCAAAGCCUUCUACAUCCAGUAUAAGAGGAGGCAUGGGUGAAAGACAAAGUAGUCUGGAUGAAUUCAGGAAGAUUGAUAAAAAAGACAUUAAAGUUGGAAAUGAACUUGGUCAGGGAGAAUUCGGGGCUGUUAAAAAAGGAAUCUAUACCCAGAGGAAGGCCAAAUUUAGGACUAUGCAAAUUGAGGUAGCUUUAAAGACUUUCCACGAUGACUCCAUGACGGGUGCUCUGACCAGCAUUAUGGAGGAAGCGCGACUCAUGCAGAGGUUGAACCAUGAGUGUAUUGUCAAACUGUAUGGCAUCUGUGAAAAGCCCUUCAUGUUGGUGGAAGAAUACAUUUCCAAGGGUUCCCUUUUAGAUUACCUGAUUGAUCACAGGAAUAAUAUUAAGGCUAACCCCACCAUGUACCUAUGGGCUUCACAGGUCGCCAAUGGCAUGUGUUAUCUGGAGACUAUGAAGAUAGUCCACAGGGAUCUAGCUGCUAGAAAUAUCCUUGUCCAAAAUUUGGAACAGGUGAAGAUUAGUGAUUUUGGGUUGUCGAGGGCUUUCGCCGAGGAGAAGAAUUACUAUCAGGCGUCCAAAGGAGGGCGCUGGCCAAUCAAAUGGUACGCACCAGAAUGUGUGAACUAUGGAAAAUUUAACCACAAGACAGAUGUCUGGAGUUUUGGCAUCACUUUGUGGGAAAUGUUUUCUUAUGGGGACCAGCCUUACGGAGACAAAAAAGGUGUAGAGGUCAUGCAGUUCAUUGAGUCAGGAGAGAGACUCAGCAAGCCUGAUGACUGUCCGGAAACCUGCUACAAGAAGAUGAGAGAAUGUUGGCACAAAGACCCAGCUAAACGACCAGACUUCAAGGAAUUGUAUAGACAUUUUCAGGUGGACCAGGAAUACGCAUCAGUGGGGGAGCUUCUCGCAAGGAUGAACAAGUCAAGGAAAAACUAGUUGUGUACAUGUGACCUUUGACCUUUUUUGGGGUCAUCCCUAGCCAGUAAAUCAUGCUAUUUUUAGUCAGUUGAUCUGACUUCAUGACACUGAAAUUCAUAGCUUUACAGAAUUUUAUUUUUGAAUUCUUUGUACUCUAUAUUAAUUUUAAUAAGUUUUUUAGACGUUCAUUUUUGCUUGUUUUUGACUUCAGUUUGACAGUAUGUUCUUUUUUCAUCUUUAACAAAAUCAUUUUUACAGGAGUACUUAUAUUCUUGCCACUCAUGAGAAUGAAAAUUAUUGGAUUCAUUUGCAUAUUACACAUAAAUAUUCAAAAGGUUUUUCAAAAAGUAUUUCCAAAUAUUGCUUGGAUGCUUGGAUGUUUAGCAGAUAUAUCAUCUUCUAAAGUAAAUUCUUUAAAUACCUGUUUUUCUGUUGUAAAAAAAAAUUUUUUUUUUAGUACCAGCAUGAAAACAGAAAGCAUGAACCAGUUUUGACCAGUUCCAAAAUACGAAUGAAAAUUAUUCAUCUACUGAUUUAUACUUAUAUUGAUGUAUUGUUAAAACUAAUUAUCUUGUUGAUUGUUAUUUUGAGGAGCAUUUAUUGAUAGUUGCAACUUCUGCAUUUUUAAUUGUUAUCCAUUCCAAUUAAUUUUUUUGAACAUUCCAGGUCUAACAAUGAUUUACAGAGUUAUGCCCCUUAUCAAGUAAUCCCAUAAUUAUUUGAAAUGCAUGUCCUUCUUUGCAGGCACAAACGAUUGCUAAGAAAAGUCUGUUUGAUUUGUAGUUAACAAAAUUUCAGAUACAGCAGGUACUGUCAGUUCUUAAAAAAUCUACAAGAAAAAAAUCAAGAAUAUACAAUGUAUUUCUUCUUUUCUUAAUGGCACAGUACAAAGUGAAACACUAAGGAAAUAAUGUGUCAAGUGUUUUUAUGGAGUAGAACACAGGAAGGAUUAGUCUUCCAUAUUAAUUUUAAAUUUUUUGCUUGCUGGAAAUUGUUCAGAGCAGUUCGUAGCUUCUGUAGAAAUCUGUCUUCUGCAUAAUAACAUUCUGUUUUUUAAUAUAUUUAUACCAUUUUCAGCACAUAUUAUAAUUUUUUUAAUACACAUUUUCAUCUUAUAAGAAGAAAUAUGCAUAAUUGAGGAGGAAAGAUGUGAAACAGUGAUAAAAAUUUUGUUGGAAAUCAUUCUCUCUUUGUUGUAUAAUGCAUGUUGAUUGAAUCUAAAGUUGGAACAGUGUAAUGUAUACUUAAAAUAAUAUCACUGUUUAAAAUUUUUGUGCUGUUGUGCUGGAGAGAGCAAAUCGGUUUAUAGGAGGAUCCAAGUGCUUAUUUCUGUUAAAAAGGUGCUAUAAACAUGAACAUGGUUGGCAGUCAAUUUCUUUUGCUCAGUUUUAUUUAUUUUGUGUUCUGGGUUAUUCAGUCAUUUGUGGCUGUAUUCCUAUGUGAUUUUGUCCAACACAAACAUAUGCAACACUUAGAUUUUCAUUCCUUGUUAAUAUCUUUGCAAGGAAAAAAGACUUGAUUUACUUGUUCUUUACUGUCACUCUCUCCGUCUGUUGAAAAUCAUAAAGAUAGGCGUCAUUCCAAGGAAAAUGAUUUUUGAAUUGUAAUCAUUUCACAGAUUUAUAAGAGAGCUUGUAGAAGAUAAUGUUAGUCAUUUUAAUUUCAUGUGGGACCAAUGAUAAAACAUAUUUUUCUCUCAUAAUGUAUGGAAAUCUUUAGUAUUUUUUAUAUUUUUCUGAGUAGGGAAAUGAAAUCACAAACAUUUAAAUAUUCAUUGGAAUGCAUUGAACUUUUGCACAAAAAUUUUUUAGUUCAUAUUGGCUUGAUGCAUUUAUUGUAUUAUUCCUUUCAAGAUAUUCAAAAUUUAGACCAAUGUACAUGUAGAUCAUGUGUUAGAUUUGGGCAAGAGAGAAUUAGUGCUAAUGGUGGUUACAAAUAUUGUAGAAAUUUAUAUUUUAAUGAUCGAUGUACCCAGUACAUGAAUAAGAACACCAAAUCUGCACCUAAAGGUGUUAGUAUGUAUAUUUUGCUGAAAGAAACAAAAUGUUGAGUAUUUUGCAAUCAAAAUUUCUAUUUUUCACUUAUCAUAAUUCAUAUUAUUUUACAGAAAUAUAUGAUUGCUAAAGCAUCAUGGUUCUGUAUUAUUUUUUUUGUUCCAUUGAUAUGGGGAAAAUUAUAUAUUAAAUACUAAGCAUGUAUAUCUAUCUACACAUAUAUAUUUUUGUUAACAUUUUUAUUAUUAAAGAAUGUGUUUAAUUAUAUCGUUAAAUAUAGCUCAUGUUUAUUAAUGCACUAAACUGUUGUCAGUCACUAGUCUUGUGCAACUGCAGGGGGCACUUGUUAUGUUUCAGAACACGCGAUAGAAUUUUAUAUUUUGAUACAACUGAGAAUUUGUUUCAAUGUAUUGCUUUGAAUGACUGUAUGUCAUCUCUUUGUACUUUUAAUAAAAGAUAAUUUUUAA